AUGGGACGUCCUGACGAGGGCCCCGGCGGGGGAACCUCUCUCCAGACGCACCCUCGGGUCCUCCGGAUAUCCGAGGCGAAGGUGGCCCCCGUGGGCCGGGGGCCGGCCGGGCCCAGGAGGAAGCGGGACGUCCUGCUGGCCAGUGGGGUCAAGCUUUGUGCCCAGGAGACCUCCGAUCAGGUGGUGGCCAACCACCUGGGGUACUUCCACCUCAGAGUCUGCCAGGAGACUGUAUGGGAGGCUUUCAAGAUCUUCUGGGGCCGUCUUCCCGAGCAGGAAGAGUAUCAAAGUUGGAUGAGCCAAUGCCAGGAUGCAGCUGUUUCGGCGCAGGAUAUUGGCCGAUAUUUCAGCCAAUCAAGAGAGCACCAGGCUUUGGUUAAGAGUCUCACCCACGCCCCAGACCUGGGGAGAGGAGGCGCGGGUCACCGCUCAAGCGAGCCAGCUUGGCCCCUGGCCAAUGACCAGCUGAACAAUGACAUCACUCUGGCGCCGCCCUUGAUGACGUCUGUGCUGGAGCAGGUGGUGGAGCUGAGCAUCUCCCUGAUUGGUCAUAGCUACAGCGAGGACCUGGCGGACCCCGGCAGCCUCCAGUACCAGACCCUUAAGACCCAGUUCACGGAGACGAUGGAGGACGCCCUGGAGCGGCUGCCGGGGUUCCACGGCGUGUCGGUGUUGAACUUCAGGGAGGAGGCGCUGGUGGUGGACUACUCGGUGACGGUGCUGGUGAGUGGGGCGGGCGUAAGCCCCGAGCAGCUGGACUACCUGACCCUGCAGUCCAACCGGGUGGAGAACUCCCAUCACCUGGUGGAGGAGAGGCCCACGCUGGUCUUCACCGUCAGCAAGGUCCGGAUCCACGGAGGUGAAGCGCUACACAAGACAGACGCCGAGAGUGAUACCCCUAACCCUCCAGAGGCCCCUGAGACCCUCGAGUCUGAGUCCUUUGAUGAACAUCUAGUUGAUGCAGGGACAGCAGAUGUCCCCAUCCUGGUGGAGGAUUCUGCAGAGAACAAGACAGACUUCCUCGAGGAAGUCCCCGAGAUGGAUGCCGUGAUUCUGGAGGAGAGUCAAAAAGAGUCUCCCGGUCCUGGAAAUGCCAUCUCUCCCAUCGAUGAUAGUAUAGCGGAGGAAGGCCUGAUACCUGGAGACCUUUCGCUGAUGACCACUCCAGAGAGCCCACCGCCAGAGACGCUCCCUGCUGAGGUGGCGUCCCCAGAGCGAGCAGAGGUGAUCACUCAUCCCGAGCCGCCAGUGGAAAGUGAAGCCUCGGGCCUGGAACCUGGCGAUCCUCCAUCUUCAUCGGAAACAUUUACAACUACAGAGGCGGUGGAGGACUCCUCUGAGACAACAGAUGACGGGCCGAUCGGCAGCCAAGAGGAGAACGCAAUCUCUGAAAACAUUCUUGUAGAGCAAGAAAUCCUGACCGAGGUCCAGGAAGGGGCCGGACAAGAGUCCAUUGCUGAAUCUGAAGGGGAGGACAAAGAGGAAGCCAUCAAUGUGGAGGACGUUCCACAGGAGAUUGAAAUCACCACCGUGGUGACGGAGACCACCCAAGAGGAAGAUCAUGUUGUCUCAGUGGUGGUGGCUACACCGGCGAUGACAGAGGAAGAAGAGGAUCUUCCACAACAACCGGAGGAUCUCCCGGCCAUCAACGUCAACCCAGCCCCUCCUGAGGAGCCUGCAAACGGGGAGGUAGAAGAGGAGGGGGAGGAUGUUGUGGUGACAGGGGAGGAAACCGGAGAUGUUAUAGAGCAGGAGAACGAAGAAGAGCCGGUGGAGGUCUUAUCCGAAGACCCGGUGCUGGAAGAAAGGGCAUCGGAUGGCCUCGGUAUCUUCGUGUCAGGUGACCUCACAGAGGAUGAGCUCUUAUUGGUCAACCAGAAGGAGCCAGAGCGGCCAGUCGUCAAUCCUCUCCACCCUGGCCCCCCGACCGCCCUGACACCUGAGAGAGAGUCUCCUUUCACUCGCAUCUCUGACAUCGUAGCGGCCGUAGACGAGCGGUCUGACACGGGAGUGUCCGUCACCACCAUGGGUGUGCAGACCACCGUGGUGGACCUGGCUGACCCUACGGAGGGGGACCCUGGCUAUGACGUUAUUCACUAUGGUUACGGGGCGACCAAUCAAACAGAGGAGGACAGCAGUGGGUUCCCGGCCGGCGCGCCACUAGGCACCGACCAGGUGAGCAUCGCCAUGCCUGUGAUGCCCCAGCGGGCGCUGAUGGUGUUCUUCAGUCUGAGGGUGACCAACAUGAUCUUCUCAGAAGACCUCUUCAACAAGAGCUCUGCAGAGUACAAGGCCUUGGAGCAACGCUUCCUGGAGCUGCUGGUCCCCUACCUGCAGUCCAACCUGAGUAACUUCCAGAACUUGGAGAUCUUGAAUUUCCGCAAUGGGAGCAUUGUGGUGAACAGCAGGAUGAAGUUUGGCAAGCCAGUGCCUCAAACUGUCACCACGGCGGUGUACCUGAUCCUGGAGGACUUCUGCAACACGGCCUACCAGACCAUGAACCUGGCCAUCGACAAGUACUCGCUGGAUGUCGAAUCGGGCGACCAGGCGGACCCCUGUAAGUUCCAGGCGUGUAAUGAGUAUGCAGAGUGUAAGGUGAACAGGUGGACGGGCGAAGCAGAGUGCGUGUGCACGGCUGGCUACUUCAGUGUGGACCUGCUGCCCUGCCAGAGCAUCUGUGAGCUCAGGGCGGACUUCUGCCUCAACGACGGCAAAUGUGACAUCAUCCCUGGCAAAGGGGCAAUCUGCAGGUGUCGCGUCGGGGAGAACUGGUGGUACCGCGGCGAGCAUUGUGAAGAGUACGUAUCGGAGCCGCUGGUGGUUGGCAUAGCGAUAGCCUCGGUGGCGGGCUUCCUGCUGGUGGCCUCCGGGGUGAUCUUCUUCCUGGCCAGGACACUGAGGGAUCAGUACGACAAGGACGAGUCCGAGGACCCCAUACGGCAUGCGGAGAGCCACCCGUCUCUGGAGCGGGCGACCAAGUACAACCCAAUGUACGAGAGCGAGGCCACCACGGGCUACAGCCACUACUUCCGCCGCUACCCCGAGGCGCCCGUCUACAGCAGCGCCAGCGCAGAGGCCUCCACCGACUUCAGCAGCGAGGAGAUCCGACACAUUUACGAGAACAGCGAACUCACCAAAGAGGAAAUCCAAGACCGAAUACGCAUAGUUGAGCUGUACGCUAAGGACCGGCAGUUUGCAGACUUCGUCCGGCAUCACCAAGCAAGCGUGGACAUCCGUAGAGAAAGCUCAUCCGCACAAUCGUGAAUAUCUCCAAACCUUUCCCCUAGAAAAAUAAGUGCCUUCUCUUGAUUGGCUGAGCUUUGGUGGAACGUCCUUGAUGUCUGGGGGAGGCAUGCCCGCUUAACAGAUGCGUCCCUCUGAGAAGAUUCUGAUCGUCUCCUUUACGUAGCUCGAAACGCUAACCAUUUGGUAGUUUGGAGAAUACAAUAACACAGCCAAUAUGGAAAAGUGUAAAUUAUGGAUAAGUAUCUUAGAUGAAUAGUGUUUUGCUGAUUUUUGGCUGCAUAUGUGUCCAAUGUUCCUCGAUAAGCAUAAAAUCUCACCAAAUAUAAUUGGGGCAAAAUUGUUGUUCCUCAAUGUAUCACUCUGACAACUGAGUUCGGAGGGAAGACAAAAAUAAGAAGGCUGCUAUUGUUUCUAGUGAAUGGUGCUAUUUAUAUAGACUGAUUGCAAUGUUCCUCUAGCUUACGUAAAGCUUCAGUUUACAUUAGUGAGUAAACUCUAUCUGUCAACUUCAUCGUGGAGUUCACUGGAACAUCAGGUUCCUUUACUGUUCUGCAUUUAGGUGGCCAAACAGAGCCACACUAGGAUUACUGUGUAGGCCUCGCAUCGCUGAUGGAAACUUUCAGUUAGGUGAUCCACGGAGUAGUAUUCCACCCCAUGUACAACGUUGACAGUGAUACCUCUGCCUUCUUUGAGUAAUCCCUUCAUCAACAUCAACUUUUAGAAUCUGUGUUUUCAUUUUUUUAAGUUUGAUGAGACAGACAUGAAGGAACAAGGAACUGAAAAAAAUGAGGCCAGCAUUGAGGGAGGCUCGAUAGCUCUCCAGCUCCAGGACUCCAGAAAUAAGUCAAAACACAUUUAGGACGGAAAAUCUUCUAGGGAAAAGGAGUCUGGGGAUUUGAUCAAGUGGUCUACUUUCAAAUGCAAUAUGUAAUGGGGACUGAAAACAUUGAAAAUGAGGAGAAAGAAGGGGAAAAAGAAAAAA